AUGGUGACACCAGCUCUGCAAUUUAAAAAAGGAAAAAAACCCAACAGCAGUGUGCUUUUUCAUGGCUUAUUCCGCCUUCCUCGGUGUAUGGUUCACACCUGCACUUCUUCCCUUGAACCACAUUAUGCCGUUUUAUUUAAAUGUAAGUUCAGGUGGUUGAGGAGGAGCAGAAUGGAUGUUCUGCGGCCCACCCUGAUACAGAUCGGGGGGCGAGUGUACAGGAAGAAUCUCAUUCAAGAGCAGGCCUACCAGCACGAGGAGGAGGAUUUCUGUGCAGGCCCCAGUGACUGUGCAGACGAACCCUGUGAUGCCUUUGUCGUGGAAGAGACUGAGAAGGGCUUCCAGUGCAGAGUGGAAGUUCCCAGCCCCUUAUACAAGUACAUCAUUGGGAAGAAAGGGGAAACCAAGAAGAGACUAGAAACAGAGACUCGAACCUCCAUCAGCAUUCCCAAGCCUGGAGUAGAAGGAGAAAUUGUGAUUACAGGGCAGCAUCGCAGCGGUGUCAUCUCUGCCCGGACGCGGAUCGAUGUUCUCCUGGACAGCUUUCGUAAGAAGCAGCCCUUCACACACUUCCUGUCCUUUGCUCUCAACCAGCCCGCCAUCCAGGAGAAGUUCCUGCAGUUUAAGGAGGAAGUGUUGGAGAAAUGCUCAAAGGAUCACGGAGUCAGCAGCAGCCUGUUCCAGAACCCUGCAAAGCUUCACCUGACUCUUGGGACGCUGGUACUUCUGAACGAGCAAGAGAUCCAGAAAGCAUGUGACCUCCUACAGCGAUGCAAAGAGGAUUUUGUGGACCAAAUUGCUGGAGGCAAGCCCCUGACCGUGGAGGUGGCAGGAGUGGAGUACAUGAACGAUGACCCUGCCAUGACGGAUGUCCUUUAUGCCAAGGUCCACAUGAAGGAUGGCUCGGACAGAUUGCAGGUGAUUGCUGAUCAACUGGUGGAAAGGUUCGUGGCCUCUGGCCUGAUGCUUAAAGAAUGGGAUAGGGUGAAACUGCAUGCUACAGUCAUGAACACUCUCUUCAGGAAAGACCCAAGUGCUGAAGAGCGAAACAAUACAAUGACUGGUAAAUCAUCUUUUAAGGAACGGGAGUCGUUUAAUGGCCGAAAUAUCCUCAAGCUCUUCGAGAACUUCUACUUCGGAGAGGUGCAGCUGGACUCGGUGCGUCUGUCCCAGAGGUUCUCCUCGGACGCCUCUGGCUACUACGCGACGUCUGGGCAGCUGACCUUCUGA